AUGAAGAAUUGCCUAUUGCUGCUGAUUUGCUUGCUUGCAUUGUUUGCAUGCGGGUGGCCGAAAGAAUUUUGGUGCUAUAACUGCACAAGCGCCCAAAGUGGUUGUGGUCCGCCUCUUGAUGUUCGUACCCAACAUUGGAAAUAUUGUCUAGGCGCACCAGUUUACGAGCAGAUGUGUGUUAAGAUAAUUGAGAAGGUGAAUGAUCAGGUGACCAUAACUCGCGGUUGCCUUAGUGAUAUGCUGCUCACAACACAGAUUCGAUUGGACCUUCCCAAAGUGCGUCGUCAUGGAUACUGCUUGUACUCUGCUUCCAAUCAGCGAUAUCUUCAACGGAUCCUCCGGGGCUCUGAGCUUGCAUCGUGGAUCAUGGGGGUUCUUCGGCCGGAAACGGAGAUGUACAAACUGUUCUGUUUUUGUGAUGACUGGCCAGGAUGCAAUUCCAACGACCAUACAUGUCAACCUCAUCUUCUUACACUCUUGACUAGUUUUAUUACAACUGUAUUACUUAUACGAUCCACCUAA